CCCGACUCAGCCAAUAUGGAGGGGGUGUCUGGGCUUGCCCCCUGUGAACACUUUGAGGCCAGUGAGUUUGCUCAGAGCUGCUGUCAAAACUGCUUCCACCCUGAGGAGGCCCACAGAGCAAGGCACCAGGAUCCCAGGAGCCCUCCAAGUGCUGAGGUACCCUACUGUGACCUGCCCCGCCGCCUGCCUGCACCUGAGGACCCACUUGGUGCUCCAACCUCCUGCUGCCAGUCUGUGGUGGGCCUGGGCUUCAGUCCAGGGCCUGAGAGGGGCCCGUUGGCAGAGCUUCCUGCAGAGGGCUCCAGAGCCGCCUCCAGAGGCAGGAGCUGGGAACCAGGGGCAGUGCCCUAUCUGGAGGGCCUGGCCUCCCCACCGUGCGGCAGCUUCGACGAGGGCCCUGACUCUGGCCCCAGCUCCAGCCUUGCCUGUGACACCCCUGAUGAUACCAGCAGCGCGUCCUCCACGAACUGGGACACUGACGAGUGGUGGAAGGAGGCGCCCGCCUGGGACGAGCUCACUGUGAUGAUCCCGAGGAAGCCCCAGGAGGGGCCAAGAGCUGACAGUGCCCGAAGGGCUCCACAUCUCCUCACCCAGCCCCCUGCAGGACGAGAUGCUGCAGGCCAGAAAAAGGAGGUCCCUGUGAUCACAGACACUGAAAGUGGGAGCCGAAAUACUGGACAGCACUGGGCAAAGCUCCGGGGAGAAAGUGGGUACUUCUCCUUGGAGCCGCACCGGUCAGCGCUAAGCCAGGCUUCCUCUGCGACACCACAGAGUGGACCUCGAAGUGCCACCCACCAAGCCCCCUCUCUCCAUCGCUCUGCCCAAAAGGGAGUUAGCCAGACGGCUUUCACACAACCUGACACCCCCAAAGCCUCUUCUUUCCACCGAGCCACCCAACGGGAUACUCCCAGGACUUCGUCUGCCCAACAGGACACCCCCAGGACUUCUCCCACGCAGCAGAACACCCCCAGAGCAUCCUCCCCUGCAAGAAUCGCUCAACGGGACACCCCCAGAACCUUCUCCCCCAACUGGACCUCCCAACGGGACACCCCCAGAGCCCCUUCUCCCAACCGAACCUCCCAACGGGACACCCCCAGGACCUUCUCUCCCAACCGGACCUCCCAACAGGACAUCCCCAGAGCCUCCUCUCCCAACCGGACCUCCCAACGGGACACCCCCAGGACCUUCUCUCCCAACCGGACCUCCCAACAGGACAUCCCCAGAGCCUCCUCUCCCAACCGGACCUCCCAACGGGACACCCCCAGGACCUUCUCUCCCAACCGGACCUCCCAACAGGACAUCCCCAGAGCCUCCUCUCCCAACCGGACCUCCCAACGGGACACCCCUAGAACCUUCUCCCCCAACCAAACCACCCAACGGGACACCCCCAGAGCCUCCUCUCCCAACAGAACCACCCAACGGGACACCCCCAGAACCUUAUCCCCCAACCGAACCACCCAACGGGACACCCCCAGAGCCUCAUCUCCCAACCGAACCACCCAACGGGACACCCCCAGAGCCUCCUCUCCCAACCGGACCUCUCAAUGGGACACCCCCAGAGCCUCAUCUCCCAACCGAACCACCCAACGGGACACCCCCAGAACUUCUCAUAUUCAACAGAACACCUCCAGAGCCUCUUCUACCCAACGAGACAACCCUAAAACCUCUUGUACUCAAAGGGAUAAUCCCAGAACUUCUCAUACCCAAAGGGACAAUCUGCUAUCCUCUUCCUUUCGGCGAGACAACCUUGGGGCCUCCUCCCCUCAGUGCUGCACCCAGCAGGACAAUCCUGGACGAUCAUCUCCCCAUCGCUCCGCUCAGUGGAACAAUCCCAGGAAUUCUCCCCAUCGUACCAACAAAGAUAUCCCCUGGGCCUCCUUUCCCCUCCGGCCAACCCAGAGUGAAGGUCCCCGAACUUCUUCCCCACUUCGCUCCAAGCAAAGUGAGAUUCCCUGGGCAUCGAUCACCCUUCGGCCAACUCAAAGUGACAGGCCUCAGACUCAAAGUAGACCAGCUCAGCGUGACCCGCCCCUGUCCUCUGGCCCUAUGCAACACCACUCACCAUCCGGGGCCACUUCCUCCUCCCUUAACCCGGGCCAUCACAAUGCCUCCCGGACUUCCUCGCCUCUGAACCCCGCUCCCCGCAGGUCAUCCCAGCCCUCUCUUGAGCCCUCCCCGCCUCCCUGUGCCGUGUGCAUUGGGCACCGGGAUGCCCCUAGAGCCUCUUCACCUCCUCGCUAUUUGCAACAUGACCCUUUCUCCUUCUUCCCAGACUCCCAUGCAUCUGAAGGUGAGUUGCCCCACCACGAUCCCCCCUACAUGCCCCCGGCUGUGUGCAUUGGACACCGGGAUGCCCCCCGGGCUUCCUCACCUCCCCGCCACACUCAGUUUGACCCCUUCCCCUUCCUCACAGAUACAUCAGUUACUGAGAACCAGUCCCCCCAGCACGACCCUCCUCAGUUCCCCCCACCUGUGUGUAUUGGGUACCGCAAUGCACCUCGGGCCUCCUCCCCACCACGCCAGGCCCCAGAGCCCUCCCUCUUGUUCCAGGAUCUCCCUAGGGCCAGCACCGAGAGCCUUGUCCCCUCCACAGACUCUCUGCAUGAGCCCCCCCACAUCCCCACCCCUGUGUGCAUUGGGCACCGAGAUGCACCAUCCUUCUCCUCCCCACCACGCCAGGCCCCUGAGCCCUCCCUCUUCUUCCAGGACCCCCCAGGGACUAGUAUGGAGAGCCUGGCCCCUUCCACUGACUCUCUGCAUGGCUCCCCAGUGAUGCCCCCGCAAGUCUGCAUUGGGCACCGGGAUGCACCGCGAGCCUCCUCCCCACCCCGCCAUCCCCACAGUGACCUAGCUCUCCUGGCCUCCUCACCUCCACCAGGCAGCGCAGGGGGCUCCCGGGGCUCAGCACCCCCUGGGGAGACCAGGCACAACCUGGAGAGGGAGGAGUAUACCAUGCUGGCUGACCUGCCCCCACCCAGGAGGCUGGCGCAGAGGGAGCCAGGGCCCCAGCGCAGCAACGGGGGGCGCACCCGCAGCCCUGGCCGUGCAGAGGUGGAGCGCCUCUUCGGGCAAGAACGCAGGAAGUCCGAGGCACCGGGGGCCUUCCAGGCCUGGGAUGAGGGGCGGUCACAGCGGCCCAGCCAAGGUCAGAGCCAACUUCUCCGAAGACAGUCCAGCCCUGCCCUCAGCAGGGAGGUAACCAAGCUGCUUGUAAAGCAGACAGAAUCAGCCCAGCGGAGCAGAGCAGAGCCCUCUCAUCCCAGGAGCCCCGAGAGGCAGCCUGAGGGGAACCGGCAGCUUCAGAGGCCCUCAUUGCCCUCAAGGACAUCACCCAGGACCCCUGAGAGGGAGCAGCGGACAGAGAGACUUCUGGAAAGUGGCCGGGUGGGCCCACGACAGCCUCUGCAGGGGUGUCAGAGUCAGGAGGAAACUCCAGGAUCCCGGGGCCCUGCCAGAUACCCAGAGAGAGGCUGGAGAAGCCAGGAGGAGGGCCCAAGCCUGGGGGCCUGGCAAGAACUUGGGGAGCCCAGUCAGGGGGCUGCCAGAGCCUGGGAGGAAACCUGGAAGGGCCCUCCCAGGGAGUCUGAAGAGAACUGGGGGCAGCCAGGGGGCCCCACUUGCCUCAGGGGACAGUCAGAGGCCUGGGAAGGGCCCCUGAGUAAUGGGCUGCUGAAACCCCAAGACAGGCCAGCUCAGAGGGGCUGGGGCAGCCUGCAAGAGCUGUCCAGUCCUCAUCAGCCUAUGAGCUCCCCAGAGAAUUCCAUAGUGGGCCCCUCAGAGUUCUCACAGUCCUGGAGGUCUGAGACAUUGACUGCCACAGGCCGGGGGGCCGAGGGAGCAUGCCCACACCUGACUGGCACUGAGAGGUGCCCUGAGCUUGACUGGAAGGACCUCCUGGGCCUUCUUGGAGCCCCCAGAGAGGGGGCUUGGGCUCCCAGGGAGGAGCCAACACUUGACUCCCAUCUUCCCAGGCUGGACUGGGAAGGCCUCAUGGAGCUUCUGCAGGCCCAGCUGCCCGGCAAGGACCCAGCUGGACACAGGGGUGGCCUGGGCACGGCUUCAGGGGCAGAACUGGGUUUCCCAGGCACAAAAGAUGCCCUGGAGCAAAAGCAACACAGCCAGCCCGAAGGCUGGCAGGAGAGCACACUAGUCAAAGGACACGGCCCCCGGCAGUGGCCCCAGAGCUCAGCCCAGCCAUCCAGCCCUGCCUGCAUCUCCACCCAGUGGCCAAAGACCAAAGUGACAAGUAAAGCAGAGACCUCCGCUAUGGCUGGUUUGGAGGACACAGGCCAGCUGGGGAGCAGUAGCCCUGCAGAGGGCCCCGGCUUGCCAGCAUGGGAGUUCCAAUCGGAGGAGCCUGAGGAGUUGGAAACAAGCAGAGGCCAAGACCCACUGACCGACCAGAAGCAGGCAGACUCGGUAGACAAGAGGCCAGCAGCAGGCAAGGCUGGGAGCCCGCUCAAGGGCCGACUGGUGACCUCAUGGCGGAUGCCCGGGGACCGGCCCACGCUGUUCAAUCCGUUCCUGCUGUCCCUGGGGGUCCUCAGGUGGCAAAGGCCGGAUCUGCUCAACUUCAAGAAGGGAUGGAUGUCGAUCUUGGACGAGCCUGGAGAGUGGAAGAAGCAUUGGUUUGUGCUGACCGAUUCAAGUCUCAAGUACUACAGGGACUCCACUGCUGAGGAGGCAGAUGAGCUGGAUGGUGAGAUCGACCUGCGGUCCUGCACCGAUGUCACCGAGUAUGCAGUGCAGCGCAACUAUGGCUUCCAGAUCCAUACCAAGGAUGCUGUCUACACCUUGUCGGCCAUGACCUCGGGCAUCCGGCGGAACUGGAUUGAGGCUCUGAGGAAAACUGUGCGUCCAACAUCUGCCCCAGACGUCACCAAGCUCUCGGACUGCAAUAAGGAGAACACGCUGCACAGCUAUGGCACCCAGAGGGGCUCCCUGAAGGCAGGGGAGCCUCGGGUGGGCUCUGAGAUCAUCAGCCGGGGCGGCCCACGGAAGGUGGAUGGGCAGCGGCAGUCCCUGGACUACGUGGAGCUCUCCCCGCUGACGCAGGGCUCCCCGCAGCGGGCCCGCACCCCAGCCCGCACUCUUGACCGCCCGGCCAAGCAGGAGGAGCUGGAGCGGGACCUGGCCCAGCGCUCCGAGGAGCGACGGAAGUGGUUUGAGGCCACAGACGGCAGGGCCAAGGAGACACCCGCUGGCGAGGGGCCACGCCGGGGCUUGGGUGCCCCCCUGACUGAGGACCAGCAGAGCCGGCUCAGUGAGGAGAUCGAGAAGAAGUGGCGGGAGCUGGAGAAGCUGCCCCUGCGGGAGAACAAGAGGGCACCUCUCACUGCCCUGCUCAACCAAAGCCGUGAGGCGCACCAGGGGUCCCCAAGUGACAGCCACGAGGCGCUGGAGAAGGAGGUCCAGUCUCUUCGAGCCCAGCUGGAGGCAUGGCGUCUGCAAGGCGAGGCUCCUCAGGGUGCACCCAGGGCCCAGGAGGACAGCCACAUCCCCCCGGGAUACAUCUCACAGGAGGCAUGCGAGCGUAGCCUGGCAGAGAUGGAGACCUCGCACCAGCAGGUGAUGGAGGAGCUGCAGCGGCACCAUGAGCGGGAGCUGCAGCGGCUGCAGCAGGAGAAGGAUUGGCUCCUGGCCGAGGAGACGGCAGCCACAGCCUCAGCCAUCGAAGCCAUGAAGAAGGCCUACCAGGAGGAGCUGAGCCGAGAGCUGAGCAAAACUCGGAGUCUCCAGCAGGGCCCAGAUGGCCUCCGGAGGCAGCACCAGUCAGACGUGGAGGCGCUGAAGCGGGAGCUGCAGGUGCUGUCAGAGCAGUACUCGCAGAAGUGCCUGGAGAUCGGGGCCCUGACACGGCAGGCCGAGGAGCGUGAGCACACACUGCGGCGCUGCCAGCAGGAGGGCCAGGAACUGCUGCGCCACAACCAGGAGCUGCAUGCCCGCCUGUCAGAGGAGAUUGACCGGCUGCGUGGCUUCAUUGCCUCACAGGGCACAGGCGAUGGCUGUGGGCGCAGCAACGAGCGGAGCUCCUGUGAGCUGGAGGUGCUGCUGCGUGUGAAGGAGAACGAACUCCAGUACCUGAAGAAGGAGGUGCAGUGCCUCCGGGAUGAGCUCCAGAAGCUGCAGAAGGACAAGCGCUUCACCUCGGGAAAGUACCAGGAUGUGUAUGUGGAGCUGAACCACAUCAAGACACGGUCCGAGCGGGAGAUCGAGCAGCUGAAGGAGCACCUGCGCCUCGCCAUGGCUGCCCUGCAGGAGAGGGAGGCAGUUCGCAGCAGCCUGGCCGAGUAGAGGUCCUCGUGGUCCAGUCCCACUGCAGACCCCCAGCCAAGGGACCAGUUGCCCUCCUUCCCUGCUGGAUGGACGUCAGGCGCCAAGCUUUCUCCCCACCCUCUGUGCGCAUGAGUGCGUGCACACGCGCACACACACACACACACACACUCUGCGUACCUGAGCGUGCCCCUCGCACUGGGUCUUACCUUGCACCUUCUUCAGGAUUUUAUAUGUGAAGAGAUUUUUAUAUAGAUUUUUUUCCUUUUUUUUUUUCCCUCAAAACACUUUAUACUUUUUAAAAAGUAGUUCCUGGUGGCCAUGUGCCUCCAGCACUCGCUCCCCCCUGUGUCUGGCUGGCCGCCUGCUUGGGCUUCUGGGCUGGUGGCCCUGCCCCAGGAGUCUGACCGAAGCCCAGGAGCGCCCAUGGCAGGGCUGACUCCGGGGGGAGAGGCAGAGAGCCAGUCACCCUCUUCCUACCCUACCUCCCACUAACUACUUCCUGCCCUGGAGGGACCCACACCCUGGGACUCUGGACAGAGGGACAGAUGGACAGAGGGAGCUGGCAGCCGUCCCCAGGACCUGGCCUCCUCUGCAGGAGUGCUGGGCAUGGCACUGCUGGAGCCGUCCCAUGAAGGCCUUUCUGUCCUGCUCCAUGAGCCUUCUUAACUUAAUAAAAUGUCCCAGCAGC